CUUCAAAUUAAACAAACAGUCAAGAUCAAAACAAAAUACAAACAUGAUGAAAAUUAGUUGCUCUCUGUUAGUGCUGACACUCCUUGGCAGCAGCUACGCUCAAUAUCAAUAUCCAGGAGCAGGUGCAGCAGGAACUGGUGCUGGAACUGCUGGACUUGGUGCUUCUGCUUCCUCUGCUGGCUCAGCUGGUGGUGUCGAUAAUCGCAUUCUGGGUCUCAAUGGACUUCUUGGUGGAGCUGGUGGUGGAGGUGGCGGCGGACCCUUUGGUGGCUUGUUCAGCAAUCUCUUGGGUGGAUUUCUAGGUGGUGGCAACAAUGCACGCCCAGCUUUCGGGCAAAGCUAUCCAUCUCCAUUGCCAGUGCCGUCAUAUGGAGGCGGUUACCCAGGAGGUUAUGGUGGUUAUGGUGGUUAUGGAGGAUAUGGGGGCGCUCUUGGUACUGGCUACGCGGGCGCCUACCCAGGCAAUUUCGGUGGCGGCUAUGGUCCUGGCUAUGGCAACUACUAUGGCUGAACUAUUCCUUGGCACUGCAAAGGACUACCUAAGUAUUAUUUAAUUGAAUUACGCAUGUUAUCAAUUUGUAGUUAUAGUUUUGUUGACCAUUAAAAAUACUCCAAAUACACAAUCAAAA